UUUUCUGAGGAGGUCCGGAGCACAUAGGGGAGAGAGAAAGCGAGGGGUAGCAUCCAUCUUGGGGGCUCUGGCGGGAGGUACAAAGAUCCGGAUCUUCGGGCUGAGAAGCAACGAAGGCUUCUGAGACAGUGGGGAAUCAUAUCAAGGGGGGGAAUUGUGGCUAUUCCUUGAAGGCUGGGAAGCUGAUCGGAGAGAGGGUUGGGUGGGAGAGAGAAAGGAAAGAUUGUACCUUGGCUGAGGCAACACUCUUGAGAGACUGGAGAAAGUACUGUAUGGUGAGAGCCCCAGUGGCUUUUAUUUAAAAUUAUUGGGGUAUUAGUCAAACUUUAAAACCUUGCGCUCCCUCCCAUCAUCACUGUUUUCCUUGCAUACUUAUAGAAGUUCAUUUAUUUACUUGUUUAUUUAAUGCGUUUGCAUAUCAUCAGUCUCCACACACCAGGAUUCCCGAGACGAAUUUUCUAUGAUCAAGUAAUUAAUUUUCUUUCUGAAGUAUGCCAUGCCUGGCAGAUCUUCUUCAAGGUGGGUGCUUGAAUCUGUGCUGUUGGUUGUGAAUUAGGGAAACCAACGUCUCGAUGUGAGUGAAGAUCCACCAAAAAGACAAGAGCAGGAAAGUUAACUGGAGAAGAGUAGCUUUGCUCCUGAAGGAAGACAAUACCUGUAUCUGUCCUAUUGGGAGAAAAAGCACAGCAACAUACUUACUGGAGUCCCCUCUGGCACAGACUGACUUUGCCAUGUCCACCAGCAGUUGCAGUUUCGCUGACAGGUGUGUCUCCCUGCUGUGCUGCAAGUUCUGUCAACAAGUGCUAAGCUCACGAGGCAUGAAAGCUGUGCUCCUGGCUGACACUGAGACAGAUCUCUAUUCCACAGACAUCCCUCCCACCAGCGGCAAUGUCGUAGGUUACCAUGUGAUUGCUCCAUGCAAACCUUGCUUACUCUCCUGCAACAAUGGACACUUCUGGAUGUUUCACAGCCAAGCCGUUUUUGGAAUAAACAGGCUGGAUCCCUCUGGUGCAAACUUUUUGCUUUGGGGCAACUUGCCAGAUCUAGAGGAAAGUACAGUGGAAGAUGAAUCAAGCAUCAUUGAAGAAUACAUCAGAUAAAUAUUUUCAGCAGUGUGUUCUGUGGUGUGUCUCUUGCAUAUGUAACAUGCACAGAUCUCCACAAGGCAUUUGCAACAGUUUGGGGUGGGGAGAUGCACUUCAAAGGGUAAUACCUUACACUGUUUGAUCUAGGAAGCAUCCACUUAUAUGAUGUAUUUAAUAUGCGAUGGUCAAAAUGCAGUCUUUGUUCACCUGGAGGGAUACCUGCUAACAAUAUUCAUGGCUGGCUUCUACAAUCGCUUGCUGUUGCCUCUUUUCUAAUGGAUAGUGUUGUUGGAGAGAAGAUCAAGGAAUAAGCUCCACACCAGCAUCAAUUCCAGUUGUCUAAAGGAAAGACUGGCAACAGUAUUUGGUGUGUGAUGUAUUACAGCUUAGCCUGCAUGGCCUCCUUUUCCCCAUACAGCUGGGUAGGCCAGGGGCUAUGCAUGGCUUCCCUUCAAGGGCCACAAUUAAUGCUGUCGCAUGUGGAGCCACUUGUGAAUACUGACUUUGUGCUACUGCCAAUAGCCCAUAAACCUGUGUUGGCUUAAAGGAGAGUCGAGUAUUGGAACACUUUUAAGUUUAGGUCUCUCUGAAUAUGUUGUGCAAGCAUAGAAGUUGAGUUCUUUUAAAAUACUGUACUAACUUUCGAGGAAACCUUCAGAAUAGCUUUUUUGCUGCCAGUGUAUUUGUGGCCAACAUUUGUGAGGCCAUAGCCUGGGAACUGGCAGGCUUCCCUGCUCCUAAUGGAAAUGGAAGAUGCAAAGGAAAAGUAACAGGACUAGAAAUUUCUGUUUGUUGAAUUGCAGAUGCAUUCAAUCCAGAAACAAAAGAGGCUUUAAAAAGUAUUUAAGCAGCAGCAUCUGUAACUGUAUCUACUUCUGAAGUUAUUUAUGAGAAAAAGCAAGUGGUGACUGUGACCCUGGAACUGAAUGUAAUAAAUAUAAGGCCAGGUUCAAUAACAAACUUCUGGUUUCUCUGUU